CGACGUGCCGUCAGUUUGGAUGUUUGGCGCGCGGGAUAAUUGGCUAGGACGGGAUGCUAACCAAACGGAGUUCUUGAAUUGUAAGGGGCACAGAGGGCUGAACCACCAUGUUAGACGGUAGCCAGUUUGUGGAUGCUGUGGGCCGUCUAGGUUAUCCUGGUGCAUCAUCAUUGAAGGCUUCCGAUUUCGACUGGCUGUUUGACUGUGCCCCGGAGAACCUUCACUUCUUGCGCUUUGUCUGCCGGACCCUUAACCAGAACAAUGUUCUCACUAAGGAGGAGGCACAUGCUUAUCAGGAGCUGCGUAAAUCUGGCAAGCCAUUUCUGGAUGAAGCAGCCUUAGGGGAGCUCCUUAAAACCAUUGGACCUUCAGAUGGGAGCAGUGCAAACAUCUUAGGGCCCUCUUCAUCCUCUGGGUUCGCACCUGAGGGGAAUGUGGCCAUAGAGGACUUGGAGGCAGAGCUCCAGGCACUGCGUAAAGAGAAAGAGCUGAAGCAACAUCGGUUUAACAGGUUGCAGGUUGUGGCCACCUCUCGUGCAGAUGUUGAUCUCCGAUUUAGUGAAGAGCGGGAGACCGCUGCAUGUAAGCUAAAGGAGGCCAGUGCUUCCAUUAGAGCUGAGAAUGCUGACACCAACGCUCUAUUACAAAACCUAACAGAUGAGGUGAGAAAGCUUUCUUCGUACCUCCCAGUUCAGCCAGAGGCCAAGCAAAAAGGAAAAGGAGAACCUGUGGCCUCAUCAAACCUUCCUAUCUCCAAAAGCCCCACUGACCUCCUUUCUCAACUUCCCUUGGAUCCCUACCUGCACCAGGAGGAGCUCAACACUAAAACACUAGCUGCCUUUACUCAGAAGCAUUUCUUCCAGGGCAUCUCUGACAUUGUUGAGACUUCUUUCUCUGAGCGCUUCCAGGUCCUUGACCUUAGUUCUUGUGAAGAUGGAGAUGAUGAAAAGAACAAAUAUGAAGGGGUAGAGAGGGAGGCGCAAAUAGUGGAGCACAGGAGGACAGAGAUGGCCAGACUUCAGUGGUCUUACAUUGUGGCCCAGCACCAGCUGAUGCAGGCCAUGGCAGAGGAGAAGAGUGUGAAGGCUGGUGUGGACUGGCUUUCUGAGAAGUCCUCUCAUACCAAGAGCAUAUCCAUUUCCUCUUCACUGCAUGUCCGUGAGGUUGUAUCUAGAAAGGAGUUGCAGGCGGUGGAGGCUGAGUUGGAGGCUCUUCUCCGUGGACCAGUACCUGCUGCCCUCAGAGAGUCAGCCAGGUUGCUUAAUGUGCCGGUAGUCAGGGGAGACCUGGCUUUACAAGUAGCCAGGCAGGACUAUUACACCUCCAGACAGAAUCAGGUACGAGACUACCUACUCCGCCAGAAGGCUUCCUUUGAGCUGGUGCUCCUGGGUCAGGAGAUGGAGUUGAGGAGGUGGAGGACUUGUCUUAAGCAGCUGGAAGAAGUAAAUAGUAGACUGGUUAAAGAAGGUGAAACAGCAAACCUUAGAAUUGAGUCCCUGGCACACCCUGACCUGGCCAUCAACCCCAGGCCCAACCCUAUCAUCAGCUGCAAAGAUGCAGCUUUCAGCAGGCUGCUCCAGAUCCUUGACCAUGAUUCAGACCAUGGUCGAUCAGAGCCUUUCCGGACAUAUGAAGCAUUGGACCAAGCUGCUCGUGACCUUGCAGGCAACCUUCAGACGAGCCGAGAUGCGCUAGCUUGUGCUGGCCGUGAGCAGUACUACACAGCUGCUCGUCUUUAUGGCGACUGUGAGGCACUCCACAGGGCAAUGUACACAGAGCUCCAGCAGCUGGUCUUAGGGCCGCAGGUACGUCCAACGGCCAUCACUGACCAGGAGCUGCUCUGCCCUAAUGCACAGGUGGGUUUGUUUCCUUUUCUUUUCUGCACAGUCAUCUUGGUCAACUAUGCAGCGUGCAUUUCAGAAGCAAUCCUUAAUGAGCUGACAGUGAAGCUUGUGGGAGCAGAGUCUCAGCUGCAGAAUUUGCAGCGUGUAAUGCAAGAAAUCAUGGGGGAAGUUAAAGCCAAGCGUUCUCAGCUGGAGCGCAAUGCCCUUCUCAGGCGAGAGAGGGAGUUGUACAUCUACUUCCACUUGGAUGCCCGGCUGCUGCAGAAAGUAGUGGAAGAUCUGGAGGGCAAAAUGGCUGAAAAGAAAGGGCAGCAGUAAAUCCUGCCACAAUGAAUAAGGAAUGCCAGCCCAACCUCAGUGUGCAGUUUCUGUGCUAAACCAGGUGUUCUAAAGCUUGAAAAUAUCUUAGAAGUACACUGUUCUUUCAGUGGACGAGGUUUACUAAGAAAGCCCUGCGUUGGUACAAUGUGUACCAGUGUGAACCUACUCCAAAUCUGCACCUUCACAUGGUUUAUGCAAGAGAUGAGGAUUAAUCCUCUGAUUCUUUAUCUUUGGGACAACACUAACUUGGGAAAACGUUUGGUUGCAUACGGAGCAGCGCUGUCUAUAUGAUUGGGAUUAUUUUGAGUGUGUUUAUUGUAAACAAUUUUUACAUAAACUAAUCAAGUUAUUUAGUGUCUUGUGAUGUUCUAAAUGUCCUUGUUUUCUUUUUGUCAUCAGAUAAAUAAAGGAAAAUGUUCUGUUUU